AUGAGGUUUGGGAAGAAGGGGAAGUUGUCUCCGCGCUUCGUUGGGCCUUUUGAGAUUUUGGAGCGUAUUGGGGAAGUGGCAUAUUGGUUAGCCUUGCCGCCACCACUAUUUGGAGUUCACGAUGUUUUUCAUAUUUCUAUGCUUCGGAAAUACGAGCCCGAUCCAUCACAUGUGUUGGAUUGGACUAAGUUAGAGGUGGACAAGGAUGUCUCUUAUGAGGAGAGACCAGUGAGGAUCUUAGACACUAGGGAUCAAGUCUUGCGUGGUAAGACAAUUACCUUGGUGAAAGUGUUAUGGAGACACCACGGGGUUGAGGAGGCGACUUGGGAACGUGAGGCUGAAGUCUGUGAGAAGAAUCCAGACCUUUUUAUCGAUGUUAGAGAGUUGUAA